AAUGCGCAUGAGCGGAGAACCAAGCGAGUGCUUGCAGUGGUGCUCUCGCUACAUAGUCAAACACAUGAUGCCGAAGAUCGAAAGUUUCUGCUGGUGUUGCGGGACCACUCUGAUCAAGCGUCAUGGACAGAUGUCAAUCAAGACCAAGAUUGUCGACACAUGGACUGUUCUCCAGAACUUGAUGAUAUGUUUUCUGUCAUUUUAUUCUGUGUACUACAUCAUUGUGAGUCUGUGUAUAGGAGUAUUCAGAGUACAUGAUGUUGAUACUCUUCUUGCACCCUUCGACUACACAACACAACCAUCAUGGCAAAAUCCAAAAUAUUUAGUGAGUGUAAUCUCCAUGGAACUGACGUACAUUGUGGCCGGCCUGAUGUUUGCGUGGAUUGUGGAGGAGUGGGUGUGGGACUACGCCAUCACCAUCACGUUGAUACACAUCGGUCUGACCAUGUGGGUAAUGUCAGAUUUCCCAUCGUCAGAACACUGGUGGAUCACGUUAGGCUGUGGAUUGCUGAUGAUGAUAUUCGGGGGACAACUUCUUGCCUACAAGCUAUUCAGAAAUAAUUUUGUGUAUCCAGCUGAACUCCAAAACUUCUAACAAUAAAUAUGUGUCAAACUGAGGUUUAUUAAGUUAU